UUAAUUUUUUUAGCUUCUUUUUUUUAACGAAAAGAAAUUAGUAUUAAUAAAUAAUUUAAAUUAACAUUAUUAUAGAUUCUAUUUUUCGCCUAUAAAACGUUUAUUUAUGUAAAUUGUGAUGCUAAAUGUGUACAUAACAAAUUCUAAAUUAUUAAUUACUUCUGUAUUCUAAAAUUGAUUUUUGAAAAUAAGCAGUAAAAAUAUUUAGUUUAUGGAGACCGAGCUUGUUCAGAAUAUGUAAGUAUCCAAAAUAUGGGGGUUCUAAUGUGUAUGUUUAGCAUGUGUAACAUUAACCUCUUUGACAUGAGGGCGCGCGUCACGCGGUUGACCAGUCGACUGCUUAUGCUUACCUCAGUUUACCUUAAAAUCCGAAGGAUGGCCACCAAAUCGAAAUUGAGAAUACUAGCGCUUCACGGAUAUAUGCAAUCAGAUGUGAUUUUCAGCGCUAAAUUAGGUUCGUUGAGAAAAGGAUUUAAAAAAGAAAUGGAUUUCACAUUUGUAAGGGCGCCACACAAGAUCCCACCCCAGACUGGGACCGGUCGACGAGAGGAUACGGAUGAAAAUGGAUAUGGAUGGUGGUUUAACACAGAGGAUCAUGUGUUUAAAGCCACAGUACCUAGUGACUUGUGUGUGGGAUUCGAUGAUAGUGUAGCCAUGAUCGAGAAGGUCUUCCUAGAGCAGGGUCCUUUCAAUGGCAUACUGGGUUUUUCACAGGGAGCUGCUUUCGUCUUUAUAUUAUGUGCUAUGAAGGAAAGGAAAAUGGUUCAAAUAGAAUUUGAUUUUGCUAUCAUGAUAUCUGGAUUCAAGUCAUUGUGUGCACCUCAUGCAAAGUAUUAUGAUGAAGAGAUUAAUAUACCUUCUUUGCAUAUUUAUGGAGAGAAUGAUCAAGUUAUUCCGACAGUAAUGGCAGAGCAGAUCAGUUGUCUCUUCUCAAAUAAGAAAGAGUUACAGCAUGAAGGUGGUCACUAUGUACCGAGUAAAAAAGACAUUUAUAGGGAUUUUGUAAUGGAAAUGCUUAGCAAAUAUAAUAACUUAAGUAGCUAACAAUGGCUACAUUCAGCAGACUUAACAGUUGAGCAACAUUACUAGAUUUUCCAUUGAAUAAUGCUGUUGAUUUGUUUGUUCUAUAAGUCAGAACCAAUGUUUGAUUGCUACUUAGCUGCUGAGUCUGCUGAAUGCGCCCAAUGAUCUCGUUUUAUUACUGAACUUUAUUCCACUUAUCUAGUGUGCAUGCAAUUCUAUUGAAAACAAUUUAAUGUGUACACGAAUAAUAAUAUAAACAGUUGUUGAAGAAUUUUUUUAAAUAUUAAAUAAUGUAACACGUGAUCAUGUACAAUAUAUUUUUUAUUCGCUAUCACAUAGCAUGACAUUACUUGUGUGUUGGUUGUUACAAGUCUUAAUAUAACGUACAGUUAAUGGUGUUUGCCAUUAGUUAUAAAACUGUUAUAAGUUAGACAAUAAUUAAUAGGAUACAAUAUUAUAGAACUAAAGAUCAUUAAUUAGAGCAUUAUAUUUUACAUUUUCGAUUGCGUAUUGUGUAUCAGCUCAUCUGAUCAGAUCCGAUCUGCUUUGUAUGCCAAUACGUGACUAUCAAACUUGCGAUUUAGAUAUCAACAUUAGAGACAUAAUUUUAAAUUAGAAAA